AUGAAUCCCGCAGACUGGCAGCCCCCUGUCAUGAAGACUCCGCUGCUGUCCUACACGGUUAUCCUGCUUGUUCUCUUCUUCCGCAGUGGGCAUUGCCGAGCCCUGGAUAGCUCCACAGCCAGCAGGACCCGCCCGGAUCCCCAGGCAGCACUCCAACAGUCCCUUGGCCCAUUCUGGAUCCGCGACGGGGAGGAAUACCUCAUGCUCCCGGGCAAAGAUUCCAAGGACAGCGCUGGGGUCUCCCCCGCCCGCUGGCAGAUGGUCCUCUCUGAGCCGACUUUCCCGAAGCACAUUCUGCGAGACCCAGUUGGAGACUUGGAGCGAGUUAGCAGCAGAUACCAGGCUGAGAGGGGUGGGAUGUUAGACAGAGAGAAGAGGUUAGACGACCCUCCGAUCUCCUUGGAUCUAACAUUCCACCUUCUCCGGGAAGUGCUGGAAAUGGCCAGGGCUGAGCAAAUGGAACAACAGGCUCACACCAACCGCAAAAUAAUGGAGCUCAUCGGCUGA